AUGGCAGAAGACAGACAACCCUCGACGGUCGUCGAGGGCGCCACCACGACCGGCGACGUCGAGGACGAGGUCCCCGCGGCGGCCAAGUCGGCCGAGGACAGGAAGGCUGCCGCGGCGCUGUCCAAGCUCGACACCCGCGGCGACGACGACGAGGCAGUCCCGUCCAAGGAGGUCGACCACGAGGCCGUCAGCCGGGCCAUGGACAGCCUCGACGGCGUCGCCGCCGGUAAGAAGGCGGCCGACGACAAGAAGGACGUUAAGAAGGUCAAGGUCGACCCCGAGGACGUCGCCCUGCUGGUCGACCAACUCGACCUUAGUAAGACCAAGGCCACGGAACUCCUGAGGGCACACGAUGGAGAUGCGGUGAAGGCGAUGAGAGCCUACAUCGCGCCGCCGCUCUAG